AUGGUGUCCACGCAAUAUAAGUUGGCCGUUGCCUUCAUCUCAGCCCUCCUUCCGGGCUCUCUCGCACAGUUAUUCACAGUCAACUGUGCGCCGUUGACGUUCUACCGUGGAGAUCCCAUCAUCUUCCCUGGCGUCAUCUCGCCUCAUGUGCAUGCUAUUGUUGGCGGCACCAGGUUUGCUCUUAGCUUGACCAACGAACAGGCUGCCAAUGCCAAGGCUACAACUUGUGACAAGUCUCUUGAUAAGAGCAACUACUGGCAGCCUCAGCUGUACCAUCAGAGACGAGAUGGAAAGUUUGAAAUGGUAGAGAUGCAGGGUAUUGCUGCCUAUUACAUUGCUCGAGCUUGUGACUACGCUCCUGGUAGGCAGAACUGCGAUGGUGCUCCUCAUGCCAAGGCUCCGCCAAAGGGACUUCGCAUGGUUGUUGGAAAUCCAACGCUCAGGACUUACAACCAGUCAAACCCUGAGCAGAGAGCUAUUUCACACGUUUGCUUGGGCGCCAACUCCGGAGAUACGCCACACUUGCCAACGAAGCAGUGCGAUCGAAUGAGGGCUGAGACCUUCUUCCCUUCUUGCUGGAACGGGAGAGACUUGGACAGCAGCGAUCACAAGAGCCAUGUCGCCUUCCCUGCUAUUGGAGAUUACAACACUGGCGUUUGCCCGCAGUCACACCCCAUCGCCAUCCUUUCGGUGUUUUUCGAAUUCUUCUACAACACUGGGGCGGUUAAAGACUUUAAUCGCUGGGUCUGGGCUAUGGGUGACCCGACUGGCUACGGUCUCCAUGGCGACUUUCUCAACGGCUGGGCGGACCAAGGUGCUCUUGAUCGCGCCAUUGAUACUUGCACUGGUCCCAAUGGUGUUAAUGACGCCGGAUGCAGCUUGAAUGUUGGCCCCGAUGGUCCUGGACAUGCUAGCCCUCAACCAGUUGAGGUUGCGCCUCCCAAGGAGGAGAUUGGCUUUAACGGACCGCUUGAUACGUUGCCAGGUAACAAUCCUGUUACGGGACAGCCAGUUCAGGGGUAA